AUGGGUAUGGAGAAACCGGCACUAACUGACCACCAGUGGACAACUGGAUGCCAGGUGGUUUUGCGAGGAGUCUCAUUUACGGUAUCAGCGGGUGAGCAUCUUGCAAUUGUUGGCCCAAGUGGUUCUGGAAAAAGCACUUUAACUGCUCUGAUGCUACGUUUCUAUGAUCCGACAAGUGGUCACUUGUCUGUUUUUUUUCUUGUUGACCACCGGACGCCUAAACAGAUCAGCGCAGUGCAGUAUAUGCCAUCGCGAUAUCAGUAA